CACAAGAAGGCAGGGCCAGAGAGCGGGGUCCUCCCUGGCCAGUGACUUGUGACUUGCUGUUGGAUCUUGCUCUCCAUAGGCCUCAGUCUUCCCAUCUGUACAAUGAGGGCGCUGACCUAGAAGGUGGAUCCCCAUCCCAGAGGCGCCCCCCCCUCUGAAUCCCUGGCUUCCCCUGCUUCCUGCAGCCCUGGCUGUGGGUGGCCACAUGCAGUCAUGGAGAAGAAAGUCCCUCUGGCUGGCCCUGUCGGCUUCCUGGCUCCUCAUCCUGCUAAGACUCUUCCCACUUCUCCGCCUGAAAGAGCCCGCCAGACGCCAGGCAGGGGCCCCCCAAGGCUGGCCCCGCUGGCUGGACACAGAGCUCCUGCAGAGUUUCUCCCAGCCUGGGGAGCUCCUAGAAGAUGGCCUUCAACCUCCUCAGGCCCCCCGUGGCAGCAGCUGCACCCGGGGAGCUUGCUUUGAUGCCUCGAGGUGCAGAGGUGGUGGCCUCAAGGUGUUCGUGUACCCGGCGGUCGGACCCAGCUCUGAGACUCCACGCAAGGUCCUGACUUCCAUCGAGGGCUCCCGCUACCACACAGCCAGCGCUGCGGAGGCCUGCCUCCUCGUCCUCGUCCUCAGCCCCGACACCCCUGCGGGAGAGUGCCACCCGGUGCCCCCGCAGUGGGAUGGAGGCAAGAACCAUCUGGUCCUCAGUCUCCAUCCCGCCCCUUGCCUCCGGAUCUUCCAGCUGGGACAGGCGAUGGUGGCCGAGGCCAGCCCUACGGUGGACACCUUCCGGCCCGGCUUUGACGUGGCCCUCCCGCUUCUCCCCGAAGCCCACCCUUUGCGAGGGGGGGCCCUUGGCCAGCUGCGGCAGCACAGCCCCCUCCCUGGGGUGGCCCUGAUAGCCGUGGCAGAAGAGAGGGGCGGGUGGCGCACGGCGGGCACCAACUUCUCUGCCUGCCCCUGGGAUGGGCGCUGUGAGCAGGACCAUGGACCCAAGCAGACCCACCCAGGGACGACGCUACCCAACGCCACCUUCUGCCUCAUCCCUGGUCGCAGUCCUGAUGCCUUGCACUUCCUUCAAGCCCUGCAGGCUGGCUGCAUUCCUGUGCUUCUCAGCCCUCGCUGGGAGCUGCCCUUCUCAGAGGUCAUCGAUUGGACCAAGGCGGCUGUUGUAGCUGAUGAGAGGCUCCCACUUCAGGUCCUGGCUGCCCUCCAGGAGAUGCCCCUCACACGGGUCCUUGCCCUGCGUCAGCAGGCCCAGUUUCUGUGGGAUGCGUACUUCUCCUCCAUGGAGAAAGUCAUCCACACCACUCUGGAGAUUAUUCAGGACCGGAUCUCUGGAGCAUCUGCUCACCCCUCGCUCCUGUGGAACAGCCCCCCAGGGGCACUCCUGGCCCUGUCCACUUUCUCCACAAGCCCCUCGGACUUUCCCUUCUACCACCUACAACAGGGCUCUCGUCCUCUGGGCACGUUCAGUGCCCUGAUUUGGGUGGGGGCUCCAGACCAGCCCCCGCUGAAGCUCAUCCAGGCGGUGGCAGGCGCCCAGCACUGUGCCCAGAUCUUGGUUCUCUGGAGCAGUAAGAAGCCACCCCCACCCAGGUGGCCUGAGACAGCAGUGCCCUUGACAGUCCUUGAUGGGCACAGGAAGGCCAGUGACCGCUUCAUCCCAUACAGCGCCAUCAGCACCGAUGCCAUCCUGAGCCUGGACGCCCACAGCAGUAUCUCCACAAGUGAGGUGGACUUCGCUUUCAUGGUAUGGCAGAGCUUCCCGGAGCGGAUGGUCGGCUUUCUCACCUGGAGCCACUUCUGGGAUGAGGCCCAGGGGGGCUGGGGCUACACUAGCGAGAGGGCCAAUGAAUUCUCCAUGGUUCUCACCUCAGCUGCCUUCUACCACAGGUAUUACCACACCCUCUUCACCCACUCCCUGCCCAAGGCUCUGAGGACCCUGGCAGAUGAGUCACCCCGCUGUGUGGAUGUCCUGAUGAACUUUCUAGUAGCAGCUGUCACCAAGUUGCCGCCUAUCAAGGUGCCCUAUGGGCCGUGGCAUCAGGAGGCCAGGCCUCCUCCACUGGUGCCUGGGAGUCCGUGGCUCAGAGUGGAGCCUCAGCCGGCCGCCCAGGACUGCAUCAACCGGAUGGCGGCAGGGUUCGGCCACAUGCCCCUGGUGUCCUCCCGCCUCCGUCUAGACCCAGUGCUCUUCAAGGACCCGGUGUCCGUGCUGCGUAAGAAGUAUCGCAGCCUGGAGAAGCCAUAGAAGGAACCAACCAGCUGAGACCCUGGCCCCGCUCCCAGGGGGCGCUGUAACCUGCCCGGGGUUGGGGAUGGGCAUUGGAGCUGCAGCCCCAUCCCCUGGGAUAUUUGGAGACCCAAUCCAGGCUGCCAGUGAGCCCAACACGGCAGAUCCCUAUUGGCCAGCGACAGCAUCGCCCCACUCUCCCGCCCAGGGGCAGUUCCCACGUGCUUGGCGCUACCUCUGUCGCCUGGCCUCUGCCUUCGCAGACCGUUUACCUGCAAUGCCUUUCUCGGCUUUUCUGCCGAGCUAACAGCUGCUUCUCUUUCAGGUCCUCGCCUCCUCCACGAACCUGCCUGACCCCCACCCCCGCCCCGAUCCUCAGCGCUUCCGCAGCUGGUGUGUCCCUAGUCCCCUUAUUCGUGCUGCCUUGAAAAGGUACACUGUCAGGCUCCCAGGCCUGACCCGGGAGCCCCGGGAGGGCAGGGCCAUGGCCUCUUCUCUCUGGCCUGGCAGGUACGCCACAAAUAUUUGACGAUCAGAUGGACAUCAGCUACGUGCCUGGGCCCUGUGCCCAGUGGGCGGGGGCGUGGACAAGGUGUGUGGAGUGAACUCCACGCCUACAGCCUGGAAGGCAUCUUUGCCGCAGGUUCCUGGCUUGCCGGGCGCAAUCCUCGAGCCCCAGGGAUGAAGCAAAGACGCGCCGGGGAGCCAGUUUCAGGGCUUCCUUCGCGACCGGGCGGAGCAAAAUUGGGAGGGGAGGGGAUGGGAACGCCGGUGGCCCCUCGGCUCAGGCACUGCUGUCGUCCCGCACUACCAGCCUCGUCCAUUAGAGGUCAGCACCGAGCCGCACUCCCUCCUCUGGGACCGAGAAUGAAAGUCGCUCAGUCGUGUCCGACUCUUUGCGACCGCAUGGACUACAGUCCAUGGAAUUCUCCAGGCCAGAAUACUGGAGUGGGUAGCCUUUCCCUUCUCCAGGGGAAUCUUCCCAACCCAGGGAUCGAACCCAGGUCUCCUGCAUUGCAGGCGGAUCCAAGACCGAGAAGGGAGUUCUAAACGCCCACAGGGUGGGAUUAGCGGGCUCGGGGUCUUGGGGGUUGGUGGUGCCCAGUUUGACGUCUGAAAACUGGUUUGGCCCACACACUUGGAACUAAGAAGGGGGCCGUUUUUAGGUGGGCUGAGGGGGUAGCA